CAUAACCACUGGAGCGGAGUGUAGUGUUCGGAACGUCCCUGGCCUGCAGAACCUAACACUAUGGACUUCAACGUGAAGAGACUGGCUUCCGGUGCCGGACUGUUCUUCACACGAGCCGUACAGUUCACAGAGGAGAAGCUGGGCCAGGCGGAGAAGACAGAGCUGGACGCUCAUUUUGAGAACUUGAUGAGCCGUGCAGACUGCACCAAAAAUUGGACGGAGAAAAUCUACAGACAGACUGAGGUCCUGCUGCAGCCCAACCCAAGUGCCAGAAUUGAAGAGUUUCUCUAUGAAAAGUUGGACAGGAAGGCACCAUCCAGAAUUACUAAUGGAGAGCUGCUGGGUCAAUAUAUGCAGGAUGCAGCAAGGGAAUUUGGUCCUGGAACUCCAUAUGGGAGCACUUUAACGACUGUGGGGGAAUGUGAGAGAAGAUUAGGAGCAGCAGAGAGGGAUUUCCUCCAGACAUCAACUAUUAGCUUUCUCUCUCCCCUCAGGAACUUUCUGGAAGGCGAUUGGAAGACCAUUUCAAAAGAACGACGUCUUCUGGAGAAUCUGCGUCUAGACCUAGAUGCUUGUAAAACACGUCUGAAGAAGGCAAAAUUGUCUGAGGCUAAAGCUGCGAUGGCUCCAGAUUUUCAAGAAACCAGACCCCGCAACUAUGUGCUUUCUGCCAGUGCCUCUGCGCUAUGGAGUGAGGAAGUGGAAAAAGCUGAACAUGAACUCCGAGUAGCCCAAACAGAGUUUGACCGCCAAGCAGAAGUUACACGGCUACUUUUGGAGGGCAUCAGUAGUACACAUGUGAAUCAUCUGCGCUGUCUGCAUGAAUUUGUUGAGGCCCAAGCAGCUUUCUAUAAGCAGGGUCAUUUCCACAUGCAAGAACUACAGAAAGAGUUGGGAAGGCUUCCCAAUGCUUUUGCACUGAACUCCACUCAAUCCAUGGUUGCUGCUGGCACUGCAGCAGAAGACAUCAGCAGCCCUGUAGAGAAAGAUACACUGAAGAUUGAAGAAGUUCAGGCACCAGCUACAGGAACCCGCAAGGCCAAAGUACUUUAUGAUUACGAUGCGGCUGACUCCAGUGAACUCUCCCUUCUAGCUGAUGAGCUCAUCACAGUUUACACAGUGCCGGGAAUGGACUCUGACUGGCUGAUUGGAGAGAGAGGAAACCAGAAAGGGAAAGUGCCUGUCACAUACUUGGAGCUUCUCAGCUAAAGAAAAACCCAGAUUAUUCACACAUUCACAAACACACACACACAAAACACACACAUGUGUGUAAGUGCGUGUGAGCGGGUAAUACUAAAGAUAUGAGUAUAUUUAAUCGACUUACAUAAAUUUUUCAUACAGCUGUAAACUUCUAUAGCACUCCUCCAGUUAGCGUAAGCAAAAGUUAAUUUAAACACACACUCUUCCAUGUGCUUUUUUGAGCAUAAUGAAGUACAUUCACACUGACAGUCAUAAUAAUGGAGACACUGUUACAGUGAGUACAGAACAAUCCCACUGGGGGAUGGCUAACAUUCCUAUUUUGUUUGGUAGUUUAUUAUCACAUUGUUUUUUCCUAUUUAUUUCCUAUUUAUUGUUGUGCAUCCCAAAGGGUUCAAGUGGACUGUUCUAUGUAUUCAUGAAGUUGAGCUUAGACAAACUGUGACAGACACCCGUCAUGAGAGGGAUUUCCAAACAAAUUCUAUUGUUGAUUUGUUUUUUGUGUACUUUUGUUUCUUAAAUCUGCAUUUUUCAUAAAUUCAGUGAUGAACAGCGGUCGGAAAAUGUUCCAGACCUGUGACUUGUGGUGCUUCUAGAAUAUGGAUCCACCAUGAUGGCCAGAAAUUCAUCCUAUAAUUCCUGUUUAUUGUGUGUCAGGGAUAGAAGUGCGAGGUUUGUAUAAUCCAUCUCAAAAUUAAGAAAUCUUUGAGGACUUUGAUGAACCAAAACCAACAUGCAACCAACAUGCAAUAACUACCCCCCCCCCAGUUACGUGCAGUUCCUCUUUUAUGACAGACACUCCUCAUUGAAGAAGUGAAAACAAAUGUUUUCCAUUACGUGCAGUUCCUCUUUGUAUGACAGACACUCUUCAUUGAAGAAGUGAAAACAAAUGUUUUCCAACAGACGCGUGUGAGAACCAUUCAUGCAACUUUAUGGUUUAUUUAUUGUAUGUCUUCUGUUGUUUUACUUGACCAUACCACAUGAACAGACUUGAAUUUCUCAUGUUCAAUCUUGUUUUAAUCUUGAUCAAAGCAUAAGUUAUGACGAACUUAAAAAUUACUGUUAACUAAUUGUAAAACAAUAACUGAAACAGCAAAUUUUUUUUUUUCACAGAACGGUUACCAUCCUUGACUUUUGGGAGGCAGCUUUGCCUUAACUGCUUUGAAAUGAAUGUAGCAUUAUUUUAAGUGGACAGUCUUUGGUUUGUGGUUCCCACAGCACUGAAGAUGUCUAUUUCACAAUAUGAACACCUGUGCAGCUGUUGUCAUGAACUUUCCCAUCCUAACUGCCUUAAGAGGAUGGGAAAACACUGCUAAGGCCAUCUGCUGCAAACCAGAGAAUGUGCCCUUCAAAACAAUACAGCAUGCAAGAGUCUUUUUCCUCCUAAUCAUAUGUUUGUGUGAUUUUUGGUUUGCCCAAGAGUGGUUUGGGGAUUUACAGUGUUCCUGUUUGUUGCUCUUUUGUCUGUUAAUAAGUGUCUUCAGUCUUAGUGCUGCAUGUGCUACAGCUAGCAGACUGUUCUGCUGGAAAUGUACGUGUGUAAACAACAAUAUGAUUUAGCUGCGUCUGCUAAUGUGAGAUCUGGAACACCCAGGAUGUUUGCACAAAAAACAAUAUGCUCUCUCACAUGCAGUUCUGUGUACAUGCAUGCAAAUAAACCAGGCCGCAGGAGCUUUUGUGAAAUGAGCACAGUGUUUGGAAGUGCAAAAAUCCCCCAUCAGACAGGUGAAAUUAACCGGAAACCCAAGCUUACUAUGGUUGCAGCUGCAGUCAGUGAGACAAAUGGGGUCUAAUGAUUUUUCUAGGUGGAGGAAUGGAUUCCUCAUCAUGUAUCCUGCUCUCUACUCUUUGCUCACAGUUUUCUUUUCGAAAGAUUUUUUUACUACUGCUGUUGUGAUUCUGUUGUACCUCAUCUUGUUUUUCCCCCCCAAAAUAUGUAUUGCCUGUUCCUUCACCCUGAAUGAAUGGAUUGUGUAGAGUUUAAUAAAAAAAGUUUGAUUGAUUUGAA